CCAUCCGCUCUUGCUACUUGUACUCGGAAUCCUUUCGUUGUUACUCCCCAAUGGCCGCUUUAGUUGGUACUCGUGUGCGGAUCUUGGAAGAUAGCGAUGAUGCCGAGUCACCUGUGGAGGACACAAAUGAUCUGAAUAGCUCAGGUGAGGAGAGUCAUGAUCAUAUGUCAUCUGAUGGAGAAUCUGACGGAAAUGUGGACGGCGAGAAUGAUGGAGACGAUGAAGAUGGAGGUCAGGAGAAGGAGGAUGGCAAUCCCAAUGCUGGCUGGGCACAGGCAAUGGCCAAGGUUUUGGGGAAGCAAACCGUCAAGAACAAAACCAUCUUAGUGAAAAACAAAGAACUGGACAAGGUGAAGGCAAAAGAAAAACAGGAGCAGUUGGAGAGGAAGGAACAGACUGACAAGAAACGAGCAUGGGAGAUGAUGUGCAGAGUGAAACCUGACUUGGUGAAGGACCGAGAGGUUGAAAAAGCUCUGCAAAGAACUGCAACUAGAGGAGUUGUGCAGCUGUUCAAUGCGGUGAGGAAGCACCAGAAGAACAUUGAUAACAAGGUGAUGGAGGCUGGUGGCUCAGAGAGGAAAAAGGCAAAAAUACUUUCCUCCGUUUCCAAAAGAGACUUUAUUGAUGUACUAAGGAAAACUGAAGGUGGCGCCAGAGUCACAGUCAAGACAGAAAAGGACACAAGUACAACGGAUGAGGUGGAGAAACCAGCGUGGAGUGUCCUCACUGACGACUUUAUGAUGGGAGCGUCUAUGAAAGACUGGGAUAAAGAAGAGGAGGCCAAGGAACAUACAGGAAACGGUGCCAAUGGAUGUGAUUCCGAUUGACCCCAUACCAAGCAAGAGACUUUGGAGUUCAUUGUGAAUGGUUUGAGCCUGUUCACUCAGCCAAGCGAGUGAAAUCAACAGGGGGCAGCGUUGUAUUCACCGAGUUACAGGACCGUGCUUGGUUCUGUGAAUGAAAAAUAAUGGGAAAUUCUUCAUCGGAUUGGCGCCUGCUCAGAAAAGAUUGAGAAAUGUUGUCAUUUGUUGAUAUGAGAGGCAGCGCAUAUACAUGGAAAAAAAUUAACAUGCAACAGAGGAAAAAUACACUUUUUUUUUAUGAUGGAUGAUGGACCAGUUAACCACUGAACUGCUUUGCUCAGCUCCACCAUCCAGAUUGUUUUUACCAUGUUGUGUGCUGAAGAUUUUAAUGUUGUGUAACCUGUGUCAAAACCACGCUUUUGUACAGGGCCACCAAAAUAAAGAGCUGUUUUGUAGACAACGAGUGCAAUG